UACUCUCCACUUCCACCUUUCAUGGUUCGGGAAAUUCCGAUGCUUUAUAUAAACCACAACAAACUCCAGAUUUUUUUGUUCCCGAAAAAGCCCUUCGUCGUUUGUUAAAUUUCCAUUUUGUACCACCCACGAAUACUGCCUGCACUCUCUCACUUCUCUAGGGUUUUUUUUCUCUCACUGCAAAGCGAACCGGAUAAUGGUGGAACCGAUAGUUCUCGAAGGCGAUUGCGAACUCUCGGAGGAGAAACUUCUGUUGCCGGAGACCAACAAUGCCGAUCUCUCAUGGCGUCUGAACUUCGGCGACCUCUAUGUGUCGAAGCGAAAGGAGAAGCCGCCUCGUGGCUUCCAUGACUGUCUUGGGGUUUUAGUUCCAGAAGAUAACGUGGCUGAGUAUUAUCAGCAGCAGGUAGAAAUGCUGGAGGGCUUCAAUGAAAUGGAUGCCUUGGCAGAGCGUGGUUUUGUUCCUGGGAUGUCAAAGGAAGAGAGAGAAAAUUUGGCUAGAAGUGAAACAACUGCUAUUAGACUAUCAAAUGUUGCAAACAUGGUCCUUUUUGUUGCUAAAGUUUAUGCAUCCGCCAGGAGUGGUUCAUUGGCCAUUAUUGCAUCAACAUUGGACUCACUUCUUGAUCUUCUGUCGGGCUGUAUCUUGUGGUUUACUGCAUUCUCCAUGCAGACACCAAACCCAUAUCAAUAUCCUAUUGGAAAGAAGCGUAUGCAGCCAUUGGGAAUUCUCGUUUUUGCCUCUGUCAUGGCAACUCUGGGACUGCAGAUAAUUUUGGAGUCAAUACGCACACUAAUAUCUGAUGAUGCCGAGUUUAACUUGACCAAGAAACAAGAGCAAUGGGUUGUUGGUAUAAUGCUCUCCGUGACAUUGGUAAAACUCGUUCUGGCUGUGUAUUGUGGCUCUUUUACCAACGAGAUUGUCAAAGCUUAUGCCCAGGAUCACUUUUUUGAUGUUAUCACCAACACCAUUGGCCUCAUCGCUGUGCUUCUUGCUAAAUAUCUCCAUGAUUGGAUGGACCCUGUUGGAGCAAUUAUUCUGGCCUUGUACACCAUCCGCACGUGGUCGUUAACAGUGUUGGAGAAUGUGAACUCCCUUGUCGGAAGAUCAGCUGCGCCAGAGUACUUGCAGAAGCUCACAUACCUCUGUUGGAACCACCACAAGGCCAUAAAGAACAUUGACACUGUCCGGGCUUACACCUUUGGGUCUCACUACUUCGUUGAGGUUGACAUAGUCCUGCCAACUGACAUGCCCUUGCAAGAGGCUCACGACAUAGGGGAAUCCUUGCAGGAGAAGCUUGAGCUCCUACCAGAGAUUGAGCGUGCCUUCGUGCAUCUUGAUUAUGAGUACGGUCACAAACCCGAACAUGCACAGGCACGUCUUUAGUUGAAAGACAUUGUAAAGUUUUUACUGAGACAGCUAUAUCGUUUGUUCCCACUAACCAACUUCAAGUUCCUGCUUACUUUGUUGAGAAUUAAUGAAUAUUGACAUUUGCUUCUAA